CAGCUGCAACUCACAUCAUCUCAGUAGCUGAACCUAGCAAGUAGCAAGGAGCAGCACGCCAUGGCCUCUGUUCCGAAGCUUCUGCUCCUCCUCCUGUGCAGCUACCACACUCUCGUUGCUCACGCAGGAGUUGAUAGCAGCUACAAGCUUCUGUCCAUUGGCUCUCUCAAGUCAGAUUCCGUCUGCUCCGAGCCCAAAGCGACUCCGUCGUCGUCGGGCGUCACGGUGCCUUUGCACCACCGGCACGGCCCAUGCUCACCGGUGCCCUCCAAGAAGGUGCCAGCCUUGGAGGAGAUGCUCCGGCGUGACCAGCUCCGAGCUGCCUACAUCCAACGGAAGUUCUCCGCCGCCAAGGGCGUCGCCGGCGAUGUCGAGCAGUCGGACGCCACCGUGCCGACCACGCUGGGCACGUCCCUGAACACGUUGGAGUACGUGAUCACCGUAGGCAUCGGCUCGCCGGCCGCGACCCAGACCAUGCUCAUCGACACCGGCAGCGACGUGCCAUGGGUGCAGUGCAAACCGUGCUCGAAAUGCCACUCCCAGGCAGACCCGCUCUUCGACCCCAGUUCGUCGAGCACCUACUCCCCGUUCUCUUGCAGCUCUGCCACCUGCGCGCAGCUCGGCCAGGAGGGGAACGGCUGCUCGAGCUCCCAGUGCCAGUACAUUGUCACCUACGGCGACGGCUCGAGCACGACCGGGACCUACAGCUCCGACACGCUCGCGCUGGGCUCCAACACCGUCAGGAACUUCCAGUUCGGGUGCAGCCAGGUGGAGUCGGGCUUCAACGACCAAACCGACGGGCUCAUGGGGCUCGGCGGCGGCGCGCAAUCGCUCGUGUCGCAGACGGCGGGGACAUUCGGCAAGGCCUUCUCCUACUGCCUCCCGCCGACUCCGGGCUCCUCCGGGUUCCUCACGCUCGGCGCUGGAACUUCCGGCUUCGUCAAGACGCCGAUGCUCAGGAGCAGCCAGGUGCCCACGUUCUACGGCGUCCGCCUUCAGGCGAUCAGGGUGGGCGGGAAACAGCUCAACAUACCCGCCUCGGUCUUCUCCGCCGGGACGAUCAUGGACUCCGGCACGGUCAUCACGCGCUUGCCGCGGACGGCCUACUCGGCGCUGUCGUCGGCGUUCAAGGCCGGGAUGAAGCAGUACCCGUCAGCACCGCCCAGCGGCAUCUUCGACACGUGCUUCGACUUCAGCGGCCAGAGCACCAUCAGCAUACCGACCGUCGAACUUGUGUUCUCCGGCGGCGCGGUCGUCGACCUCGCCGGAGACGGGAUCAUCUUGAGCAGCUGCCUCGCGUUCGCGGGCAACAGCGACGACAGCUCCCUCGGCAUCAUCGGCAACGUGCAGCAGCGGACGUUCGAGGUGCUCUACGACGUUGGCGGGGGCGCUGUGGGCUUCAAGGCCGGGGCGUGCUGAUGAUCGCCGAUCACAAGAACAUUAUUGACACUACGGGGAGGAAGCAAGGUAGGCUUCUCUCUCGAGGUGUUUGUGGCUGCGAGGUAACAGACAUGAAGUGGGGUCAAACCAUCAACUAUUCAAAUAUAGUACUCCGAUUUUGAUUA